AUAUACAAAAAAGGAGGGGGAAAGAGGAGGAGGAAGAGGAGAGGUGCAUUUAUAUGAAGGAGAGGGAGAGUCACAAGGAUUGCCUAAACUAAAACGUGCAUGGUUUGCGCCUGUGUACCUUUGUCAUCAAUUCUCUUUUCUUUCUUGAAGCUCCUAGCUAGUUCCUCCUCAGGGCUUAGCAAUUUCCCUCAAGGCGAAAACCUAGCUAGUUUUGACAUUUUUUAUUGGUUUCCCUUGUCGGUCAUGUGUUGGUUUGAGAGGUUGAAGCUGCCAGCAUGAUCUGGUAAAGAACCCUAUCAUUCCCUAUAAAAAUGUUCUUGUACUUCUUUAUAUAUCUAGGUAGGUAUAUACCGCGAUGAUCUCUAGAUUUACUUUAUUGGUUUUGGAUCAAAAACCUUAAUUCAUUUACAAGUUUCACAAUUAAGUUUCUUCGGCAAGAUUGGUUUUGGAAACACAGAUUACCUAUCCAUUUUUUUAAAGGGGGGUUUUGAGUUAGUAGUGGAUUUAGAGGCCUAAUUAGAAACUUAAUUGGCUUCUAUUAGAUACAUACGGUUGCAUCAGGUCAUCUGGCAGUUUCAAUCACUCACUCCCCAACAAAUUAAAUAAAGAACUCAGAGAUGGUAUAUUCCUCAAGUUUGCUCUCUGAAAACUGGAAAUUCCAGGAAUUGGAUUGGAGAGGAAAGAAAGGUCACAAGAGCACUGGUCCUCAUCAUGCAUGCUGGAUGAAGAGACCUUUGGAAAACGAAAUUCCUUGUGCUUGGAUGUAUGUUUUCUUGUCCAUAUAUGUUAAGUCAUUUUGAUAGCUACGUGUACGAAGGGUUGCCCUACAAAUAAAUGAAACAAGUCUUG